UUAUCGGGAAAAUUUGGACGAAGAGUAUAAAAAGCGUUAAAUCUGAAUUUCGAUAGUACAUUACAUAUUAGCCGUUGAAGAGACAGUUAGUAUUGAAAAUGAAAUUAUUUGCAAUUAUACUCGCUGUAUUCAUUUGCUUUGCCAUGGCUCUACCUGACGGUGGAGAAGGUGGUCACGGACAAUUUGGGGGUGGUCAUGGUGGAGGACACGGAGAUGGUCAAAGAGGUGGUCCAGGGGGAUUUGGCGGUAAUCAAGGGGGACAUGGUGGUAGUUCCGGAGGUGGACAUGGUGGUGGUUUUGGAGGUGGUGUUGGUGGUGGCCAUGGGGAUCAUGGGUAUUAAUUCAUAGCUUACAAACAGAAUUUGGUGUAAAAUUACAAAAAUAAAUUUAUAAUUCCUCA